CUCAAAUAUAUGCAUUUCUAAAAUUAAAGGCUUGUUUAAUUUGAUUUUAGCUUUUAUAUAUUUUUGUUUUAAGAAACAGUUUUGGAAAUCAUUUUGAGAAAAAUCUCUUGCUCGAACAAAGGCGAAGGUGCUACACAUAGAAGUGCACACUGCUACGUUUUUGAUAUUCAAGGGAGUUUUGAAAACCUAAAGCCUUGUGCUGAAGCUGAAAGUUCUGUUUAAUCCACUGCGGUGCAGGCGUAAGACUUUCAUGGAACCAAAUCAAGAACAGAGUCCGAAUCUUGAGGAGUGCUUGAAAUUGCUGAAAGGAGAGCGAGACGAACAACGUCUUGCUGGGCUUCUUCUGGUCACCAAGUUCUGCAAAGCUGAUGAUCACUCCUCACUCUGCAGGGUUUAUGAUGCUGUUGGCCCUAUCUUUCUUGAUCGGCUUCUCAGAACUGGCAUGGGAAGAGGAACCAUAUCAAGUGGCAGAGGCAAUAAUCGUGAUGCAUAUUUGAGCCUAGCAGUUACAGUUCUUUCUACCUUUUCUCGUGUUCCAGAGAUUGCUUCCUCAGAAGACAUGGUUGUCCAGAUUCCACUAAUAUUGGAAGUAAUGUCCACGCAAUCUGGCUCGUCUGUUCUUGAAGAAUGCUAUGAGUUUUUAUACUUAGUUUCAACUGCUUCAGAAAAUGGACUCAUGAGAUUUUAUGAAUCUAAAGGCAUCAAGAUACUAGCUUCUCAGAUGUCUUCUCUGCAAGAUGGUUCGCAUUUGGUGGAAAUAUCUGUUAAGCUUUUGCAAUUGAUUCUACGAAGGAUAUCCUUGGAUACAAUCCAGAAUAAUUACUUAGCUGAGCUCUCAGUUAUUGUGGCAGUAAUAGCAAGGCAGUUUGCUGUCUUGCACAAUUCCUUGAAAUUCGAAGCUCUCCACCUACUUAAUGCGAUUCUUUCUUCAAAAGAUUCAUCACAACUUCGUGAUGCACUCCAAUUACUUCCUCAAGAUAGCUGGUCACAUAAUAUCCGCGUUGGUGUCAUGGCAGUUUUGCAGAAUCGUGUUGCUCCUGCUGAAAGGCUUCAGGCUCUCAUUUUAGCUGAGUCUAUGAUUUCCAUGUAUGGAGAAGAUUGGUUGAUUCGCCAAGUUAGCACAAAUGACGCCCAAGAUCCAACUCCGGCAGACAUGUGCCUGUUACUUGUCUUGGAGCAGUCAAGGGUUGAAAUCGCUGUUCUUCUGAAUGAGCUGGCAUAUUUAAAAUAUGAAGCACCUCAAGACACUUCAUCUACUGCUGAGGCAUAUUCUUUAAAGCGUCAAAACGUGGUGGUUGCCUACUCUUUGGUUGAGAAGAUAAUAAAACUAGUAUCAAAUGUUGGUGAAAAUGAUGGGAACCUUCUUGAUGAAGGCACAUUCACAAAGCUGAUUCAACAACUUAAUGAGACGGUUGCUGUUAUACUAGAGUAUUUAGAAGAUGCAAAAGAACAUGGGCAAAAGAAAGGCGAUGAUUUACUUGCUUCGGUAAGAAUUAUUGGGAGCUAUCUUGCAGAAGCGCCACUUGCAUGCCAGGAGAAGGUUAAAGAUCUUUUAGGAUAUAUGCUUUCUGUUGAAGGCGAAGAUGAACAAAGGCCUUUCUACUCUGUGUGCUUUCUGCUACCUAUGUUGUGUCAAAUUACUAUGAAGGUUGAAGGGUGUAAAGCUCUGGCUUCUUGUGGAGAACUUAAGGCUGUUUUAGAUUGCCUCAGUAAUUUAAUUGGGUCUAAUGGUUAUACGGUUGAGGAUAGCAGUUGCAUCUUCUUGGCAUGUGAUACAAUAAUGAACCUUCUACUGAAGAAAGACAAAGUGCAGUUGACAUUAGAUGGAUCAGUUUUUGCAGAUCUUCUUAAAGCAUUGGCUUAUUGGUCAGAAAAUACUGAUGACAUGUCAAGUAUGAUGAUGGCUGCAAGCAUUUGUGCACUCAUAUUUGAUUUUACAUCAGAAGAGGCUCUUCUAAACCAGCCUGAUUUCAACCAUAGCACUCUUAGCAGUCUUUAUCAGCUCAUUGCAAGAUGUCUGGCUUCAUCAGAACAGGAUACUGAAACGGAUAUGGAUCUUUCUGAGAUUAUCUCUGCUGGCUUCUCUCGAUGGGCUCAUCGUUAUCCGCAAAUCAAAGUCGCAGUCAAAAUAUGAUUUUGGUAUUCUCAAUAUGGAUCAAGUGUACAUGGAUGCUUCACUUUUGACAUAGAAGAUCUGUUUAUAACUUUAUGUUGGUUUGUAAUGAGCUUAAUUAAAUUGAAUGUUUACUGUAAAAAUAUCUUAUAUUAUUAUUAAAUCAUGUCUUAUCCA